AUGAAAAAUCAAAACAACGAUAAAUUAACUAAUUUAAAGGAUUUACUACCUUUUUAUAAAAAAGAUAAUGAAAAAUUAAAUGAAAAUACAGAAGGAAUUGUAUACUCUGUUAAAAAAAAAUUUAACUUUAUAAAAGAAAAAGGAGAAACUACACUUCAUAAAUAUGAGCAUACUAAGAAAAACUUAGAACUAUUAAAUAGAGAAUUAAAACUAAACAAAAUUUCUUUGGGUCAACAAAAAAUUGAAUAUGAAGAAUUAAAAACCAAAAAUGAAGAUAUAUUAAGCAAAUUUGAAAAUUUGAAACAUUCUAAAUAUACCUAUCAAAUAAUGUUACAAAGAGUCAAGAAAGAAAAAAAGAUGUUAUAUUUUUAUUUAAACUCAUUAGAAAGAACUGUAAAUAGUUUAAAAAAUAAUGAAAAGCAGUUACAUAAUAAUAUUCAAAAAAUAACAUCGGAAAACAAAAAUCUAAGAAAAUCUAUUGAUGAAAAAAAAGUGGAAAUAAUUAAAGCAAAAAAUAAAAAUGAAGAAAUCUUAAAAUAUAUGAAUGUGAAUAAAGAACACAGUAACAUAUUGAGGAUAAGAAGAGAGAUGAUUAAUGAAUAUAAAAAUAAUAAAUUAAAUAAUGCAGAUAUUUCAUUAAUGAUACAAGAAAAAAAAAAAUUUAAGAAACUUUUGAUAUACUAUAUGUUAUAUAAUAAUUACCUAAAACUAAAUGCAUCUAAUAUCUUUGAAAAUGCUAGUAACAUAUAUGCUACUAUAUCAAAAUUGAGGGAAGCAACUGGAGUUACGGAUAUUUAUGAUAUAAAUCAGAAAUUCUUAGACAUUGAGAAUAAAAAAAAUUUAUUACAGAAAGAAGAAGAAAUAUCACAAAAAAAACUUGAAGAUGCUAUUAAAGAAUAUAUGAAGUUAAAUAAUGAAAUUAUAAAUACCUUCUCAGAAGAUAAAAAAAUUCUUAAGAAAAAAAUUCUAAAUGAAAAAGAAAGAAUAUCAGAAGAUAUAUAUGAGCUCUAUAAGCUAGUUUUUUCAAGUGAAAAGGAACUCGAAGAUAUUAAUAUAAAAUUGGAUAAAAUAAAAAAAUUUCUAGAAAAACAAAAUGAUUAUUUUUAUUCAGUAAAUAUGGAAGACAAAAUAGAGUUUCAUUCUAAUGAGGACAUGCUUCAAUAUAUAAAAAAUUUAAAACUUACAAUAGAGAUACUAAUGAAAAUAACACAGAAAAACAGGGAAAAUGGAAACAUUAGCAGAUCCUACAAAUCACUAGAAUUUUUGGAGAUAAUUAAUUUGUAUAAAAAUGUUGAUUUUCAUAAGAAUAUGUGCAGGGUUGAAGAUUCUCAAGAUCUUGAUAAUACUAUAAAAUUAGGUUUUUUUUUUUUUUUUUUUUUUUUUCUUAAAUUAUUAAUAAUAUAG